UUUUCUGCUAAGUAACAUAAAAAGACAAACAAAGUAACGUUUGUUUUUUAAAUCAAUUUCGGGACAUGGGCUUCAUAGUUCAAUCCAGUUUGGAGAAAAGACAGCAGCUGGCUGGACAGGUAUCAAGUGUUUUCCUGUAUUAGUGCUUGAAAACCUGAACCUAAAUCAUGGAAAGGAACAUCAUAUGUUUGUGGAUUUGUGCUCUGAUAGUAGCUAAUCCAAUUGUUCACGGAAAUCAAGAAACAUCAGAAAGCUCUCUUGUCGGUGAAAAACUCCUGUCAUUCUUAAGGAUGAACAAUGAUUUUGCCUUCCAACUGUACAAGAAGCUUGUGGAAAUGCCCAAUUAUCAGUCCAAGAAUAUCUUCUUCUCUCCAUUCAGUGUGUCAAUGGCUCUUUCUGAAUUGACUUUAGGAGCUGGCGGUGAGACCAAACAGCAGCUUCUCAAUGGCAUUGGUUAUAAUAGCUCAUUAUUCAGCACUGAAGAAAUGCACCAGUUGUUUCAUAGUAUCCUGGAGGACUUGGACCAGAGGAUCGGGGUGGAUGUUGAUACCGGCACUGCUCUUUAUGUGAGCGACAAAUUUAAGCCGAUUCCUGAGUUUUUUGAGAAGAUGAAGGAGUUUUAUCACUCGGAUGGCUUUAAAGUGAAUUUCAGCGACAAGGAAACAGUAGAUAAAAUUAACACGUAUGUGAAAGAAAAAACACAUGGUAAGAUAGAUAAAGCAGUUGAAGAUCUGGAUGCCGAUACUUUAAUGUUCCUUCUCACUUACAUAUAUUUUAAAGGAAAAUGGGACUUGCCAUUUAACCCAAACAGUACCCGUAAGGAUAAAUUCUUUGUGGAUUCUGAGACCACCAUUCCGGUGAAAUUCAUGCAUCAAUAUGAAUUUGUCAAAGUUCAUUAUGACAGGGAUCUCGCCGCCAAAGUCCUCUGUCUUGACUACAAUGACUCUUUCUCCAUGUUGCUGGCUGUCCCAGAAUACGGACCAUUAAUUAAGAACCUCACUUAUCUGGAGGAGGAAAUUUCUAGAGAGCACAUAACAAAGUGGAUGCGAGCUGUUGCGAAAAGAAAAGCUGACAUCUAUGUCCCCAAACUGUCUCUUAAAACAUCAUAUUCUCUGAAGGAUAUCUUGAAGGAAAUGGGAAUGACUGAUUUGUUUACGACUAAAGCUGACUUCUCAGGAAUUUCCGAGGACAGAAUGAUGAUUUCAAAGGUUGAGCAUCAAGCCUCUCUGGAUAUAGAUGAGGAAGGAACCACUGCAGCGGCAGUGACAACAGUUCAGUUCAGACCAAUGUCCUACAACCCACUGAAGAUUUUGAGUUUCAACAAGCCGUUCAUGAUCUUUAUCAUCGACCAAAAAAAUUACAACAUCCUCUUCAUUGGAAGAAUUAUGAAUCCAGCAGAAAAGCAAACAUGAUAUCACCAGCAGUAGGAUAGGAUGCUUGAUUUUUUUAAUGGUGAAUGUUUAACUCCCCGAAGGCCUUGUGACCUUUAAUAUAUAUAUAUAUAUAAAGUAGCUCUCAAAUAAAUAAACGCAGAAUCGCACACUGAUUUUGUCUUUCAUUAUUUUAUUUUAAUUACUGUAACUGCACAUUUGCCACAAAAUUGAUGGGAAACGCUCAAAGUGUGUGAUGUUGUUAUUUUGAGCUAUGGAAAACAAAAAAACAAGGAUGAAAAUAACUGAAUUAAACUUCUGUGCGAGAAAAACACA